AUGCCGAACCCAUCUCAGUUAUUCCUCCUUGCUGAUCACAUCAAAUUGUCGUUGUUGGAGCGACAACGAGCGAUCUCACUGAAUCUGGAGCCCAAUAGUCAGGAUGGAGAAAUCUCCCGCUCUUUAGAGUCUCUACGCGAUGGCAUUGAAUCGGUAGAAUCGGAAGUUUCGCGUCUGGAGGAAGCCAACGACGAUGGCGUCACUGAUCUUAAAGAUCAGCUCCAUCAUCUGCAAUCACAAUAUCGGGACCUCUCAUCCCAGUUUCACGAACAAGACGAUUCGGUCUUGGACUCGGAUUUCAGUAAUGUCAAAAGCUCGUCUCCCGACCUGAAACAGCCGAUUCCACAGCAUCCACCUUCCAAGUCUGUCCGGUUUAUGGAUUCCGCAGCGGAAGAGGCUGAUGAAAAUCGUCGCAACCUCUUUCAGCCAUACCGCGACUCGCCUUCUCCAAGUCUGGACCACUCCAAUAUGUCCAAUCAACAGAUUUACGACCAUCACGCUGAGACCCUACGCGAGCAGGAUGAACAGUUGGAUCGGCUUGGGGAGUCAAUCGGGCGACAGCACCAGCUCAGCAUUCAGAUUGGCGACGAGCUGGAAGGACACGUCGCACUGCUUGAUGGCAUGGAUGGUGAUGUCGACCGGCACCAGAGACGAUUGGAUGGCGCGAGGAAACGGCUGGAUAAGAUCAGAAAGAAGGCGGGUGAGAACUGGAGUAUGAUGACCAUCAUUGGUCUGAUUAUCAUUCUGGUCAUUCUGAUUGUGAUCUUGAAAUGA